UUUUUUCUUGUUCCGUAUCUCUCAAGUUAAAGUGCCAAAAUCUUUAAAGAAAACAGAGGAAAAAACCACCUGAAAAAUACUGGACACGUCAGUUGCUAUUUUGUCAUAAAAAAUUCCCCCACUUCAGUCAUCCAGUUACAAUACAAUAAGUUGCACAUUUAACAAGUUGCAAUCGAGCGCACAAAAUGAAAAUGGUUAAUUCCAUUUUAUUAUUAGCAAUUACAAUUGUUGCGCUAGUUACAGCGCUUCCAGUGACACGAAAUAAAAAAGAUGAUACACCAGCAGAUCCAUCGACAGAAAAACCAACAGGUGCAGAUCUUAAAUCGGUUCUAGAAUAUGAAAGAUAUUUAAGAGAAGUCGUAGAAGUUCUGGAAACUGACCCUGAAUUCAGGAAAAAAAUUGACACUGUCGCUGAAGCUGACAUUAGAAGCGGGAAAAUCGCUCAAGAAUUAGAUUAUGUUAAUCAUCAUGUUCGUUCUAAAUUGGAUGAAAUCAAACGACGUGAAAUCGAUAGAUUACGAUCACUCGCUAAUAAAGAAUUCGAAUUGACCAAUGAAAUUGAUAGGGAACACAUGAAAAUCCCUCAACACAUUGAUCAUGGCAAUGAACACACUUUUGAGAUUGAAGAUUUGAAAAAGUUGAUUAUGAAGGCGACAGAGGAUUUGGCUGAAGCUGAUAAGAAGCGUAGGGAGGAGUUUAAAGAAUAUGAAAUGCAAAAGGAAUUUGAGAAACAAGCUACACUCAAAGAGUUGGAUGAGGAGUCGAAGAAGAAGUUUGAAGAGGAAGCAAGGAAGAAUAAGGAACGUCAUAAUGAACAUGAAAAAGUUCAUCAUCCAGGAAAUAAGGCUCAGUUGGAGGAAGUGUGGGAGAAACAGGAUCAUUUGGAUAAGGAUGAUUUUAAUCCUAGGACCUUCUUUAUGUUGCAUGAUGUUGACAGCAAUGGAGUUUGGGAUGAAACCGAAGUAAAAGCCUUGUUUGUAAAGGAACUUGACAAAGUCUACCAAUCUGGACUUCCCGAAGAUGAUAUGCGUGAACGUGCCGAAGAAAUGGAACGUAUGCGAGAACAUGUCUUCAAAGAAACCGACACAAACCGUGAUGGUUUGAUUAGUUUCCAAGAAUUCAUGGAUCAGACCAAGAGAGAAGAAUUCAAUCGUGAUCCUGGUUGGGAUACAGUCGACAAUGAACCACAAUACACUCAUGAGGAGUAUCUUGAAUUUGAACGCAGGCGUCAAGAGGAGGUUCAACGGAUGAUUGCCCAAGGAUUGCUCCCACCUCAUCCAAAUAUGCCAAAUGGAUACUAUCCUAAUCCAAAUCAACAACAAUUCCAAGGCAAUCCCCAGGUUCAGGGGCAACAAAUGCACUACCAAAUGCAACCUCCACAACAAUACCACCCUGAAGCUAUUCAACAACAACAACAGCAGUUCCAACAUCCUGGACAACCGGUGCAGGUGCAUCCAAAUCAAGUCUAUCAACAAGUGCAACAGCAGCAACAACAAUACCAACAACAACAACAGCAACAGUAUCAACAAUAUCAGCAAACGCAACAACAAUACCAACAGCCUCCUCAACAACAACAAAUGCCCGUACAACAGCAGCAACAAGUUCCAGUACAGCAACAACAGCAGGCUCCUCAAAUGCAACAGCAACAACCACAUCCUAACCAACUUCCUCCUCAACCACAACAACAGCAGGCAGCUCCAGCUCCUCCACAACAACAACAACCUGUGCAACAACAGGCUGUGCCAGUUCAACAAGCUAUUCCAGUUCAACAACAAGCUGCUCCUGUUCAACAACCCCAACAACAACAACAAGCACCCAUUCCACAGCAACAGCAAGUUCCUGUUCAACAGCAGCAACCCCAACAACAACAGCCCCAACAAAUUCCAGUUCAACAACAGCCAAUAAAGGGUUAAACCAGAGGUCAUAUCCACCACCCAGACCAAACAACAACAGCAUUCGAAUACCAAUCAAACGCAUCGAAAUUCAAGGAGAUUCAAUUGACUUACCGACUAACAAAUAAAAAUACAUUUAAAAUUCCUUUUGAUACCAGCUCCAAUUUUUAUUCUUUUCCUUUAUAAAUACA